UUGAUAGAGUUCAACUUGGACACACCGAUUAGUUGGAUAUGCACUCAAAACACAUCGAAAGGAUUCCAAAAUUCAACCAUUUUGUGGGUGGUUCAACCCACCCCCUUCCCCCUUGCCAUUUGCCAAGUCAUCGCCGUCUAGGCGGCCAAAGCUGUCAACCCCGCAACUAUUUUGACACGUUGUGCUCUCUUCUCGUUAAAGGGAUUGUCCCAACCAACCUAUGAAGCUACCCUUCAAAUAUCCAUCCACCUCCUGUAUAUAAAGGGCACGCAGCUAGUUUGUUAUCCCCUCAAAGAAGAAGGGGGGGGAAUCAUAGGCAAACUGUCAUUUAAUUCUCAGCUUUGCGAGAUGGACUGGACUAGAGGGCACACCAUAGGCCGCGGCUCCACGGCUACAGUUUCCGUCGCCACCUCUAUUCAAUCUGGUGAUGUUUUCGCCGUGAAGUCCGUCGAGCUAUCUCAGUCUGGAUUCUUGCAAAGGGAGCAAAAGAUCCUCUCUUCUAUAAUCUCUCCUUUUAUAGUUAGCUACAAGGGGUGCGACGUUACUAGAAAGAACAACAAAGUCAUGUACAAUCUCUUCUUGGAGUACAUGCCCAACGGCUCGCUUAGCAAUGCGAUUCAUGCUCAUGAUGGAGGUCAGCUCGACGAAUCAUUGAUCAGGAUUUUCACGUAUCAAAUCUUGCAAGGUCUAGAUUACUUACACUUGAACGGUUUGGUGCAUUGUGACAUUAAGAGCAGCAACAUUUUAGUAGCUCAAAGUGGUGCCAAGAUUGCGGACUUCGGGUGUGCAAAGCGUGUGGAACAACAGGGACCGAUCGCUGGCACGCCAAUGUUUAUGGCACCGGAGGUGGCGCGUGGAGAGGAGCAGGGGUUUGCUAGCGAUAUAUGGGCUUUAGGAUGCACAAUUAUUGAAAUGGCUAGCGGCGGUACACCUUGGCAUAACGUCAGCGACCCGGUCUCCAUCAUUUACCGGGCAGGGUAUUCGGGUCACUUGCCAGAGUUCCCCUGUUGUCUGUCGGAACAAGCAAGGGAUUUCUUGGACAAGUGUCUAAGGAGGGACCCAAAAGAGAGGUGGACCGCUAGCCAACUUCUUGAGCAUCCGUUUUUGGUUGGAGAAUUGAACAAGCAAAUUGAAGAAUCUAAUCCAACCUCGACUUCUCCUACAAGCAUUCUUGAUCAAGGAAUUUGGAAUUCACUGGAUGAAUCAGAAAGUCUGGAGAGCCUGGUCUUGGUCCCUUCAGGUAGUGAAAGUUCAGCCGGUGAGAGGAUCAGAGGGCUGUCCCUGCUUUCAGGGGCACCUAGUUGGGACUGUGAUGAUCAGAACUGGAUCACGGCCAGGGAGGAUGGCUGUGAGGAAGGUGAUACAGUGACGGAUGACAUUGAAUACAAAGAUUAAAUAGCUGGUUGGUAGCGAGGAGUUGUUAAAUUUGUUAGAUAGCAAUAGAAUUAUUGAUGAUUUUUAGGUUCUUGUACAUAUAGGGAAGUUAGUUUUGUAAAACCUUCUAUGUCAACAUUAAUUUUCUUUUUUCUCGAA